GACUUCUUCUCAACCAAAAAAAACACCUCGACCUCCGCACGAAAUGCCUCGGACUCGCCGCUGUUUUUGGGGGGAUUUACGGUGGAUUUUUAACGUCUGAUCACCGCGGAAAAAGAUGCCUGAAUGUGAGGUGUCCAGCGCUGGAGAAAGAGUGCCUUUUCUGGAGCUAAACGGGUCCGCAACAUAAAACACAAGGCCAGCCUGUAGCAUCUAGUUAGCAUUUAGUUAGCAUCUUGUUAGCUGCUAACGCUGCUAACAGGUGUUCAGGCAUUAAACAACCAAACACAACGUGUAGCUGUUAGUUAGCUGGGAAAACAAGCCCAUGACUUAACACUGAACUUAAUGUGCCUAUUAUUCGCCUUUUUUAAGCAAACGCCAAGUAGCAAGUAUAACACUUAGAAACAUUGUUGUUAGCCGUUAGCUCCUUUUUCAGUGAGCCGCUGUUUACAGUAGCUAGCCUCACUUAGCAUCCAAAGCUAACGAGUUAACUUUAUAGCUACAUGUGCUUGUUUUUAUGUUGUAGCUGAUUUUUCGCUCUUUAACUGGACUCCACUGUCAACUUCGGUGAUUUUCUUCACGUUUGCAAGCGAGGCAGUUGGAGUUUUUCCCGACUGUGCCUCUGCCCCGGACUGACCCCCCCCACAGGACUCUCUAUCCGGGGCCGAUGCUGACAGUUCAGCCCGGACGCCAGGAGCCAUGCAGCCCCAGCAGAUAUACGACUUUUCCAGUGACGAGAACAGUCACAAAUGGAGAGGCCUCUUCGUGCAAGCUCUGCGGAAGGUGCAGAAGCAGGUGCACCCGAACCUUACGGCGAAGGAGGACGCGCUGCAGCACAUCGAGGAGCUGAUCCUGCAGCUGCUCAGCAUGCUGUGUGUGGCGCAGCCGCGCUCCGUGCAGGACGUGGAGGAGCGCGUCCAGAAAACGUUCCCCCACCCGAUAGAUAAGUGGGCCAUCGCUGAUGCUCAGUCAGCGAAUGAGAAACGCAAGAGGAGAAACCCCUUACUGCUCCCUGUGGACAAGAUACACCCCCUGCUCAAGGAGGUUCUGGGCUACAAAGUGGACUACCACGUGUCGCUGUACAUCGUGGCCGUGCUUGAAUACAUAUCAGCAGAUAUCCUGAAACUGGCGGGAAACUACGUGGGAAACAUCCGGCACUACGAGAUCAGCCAGCAGGACAUCAAGGUGUCCAUGUGUGCCGACAAGGUGUUGAUGGACAUGUUCGACCAGGAGGAGGACAUCGGUCUGAUGUCUCAGUGCACGGAGGAGCCCUCGUCCUCGGGGGAGCUGACGUACGACGACCUGGUGCGCCUGGAGAUCGCCGAGGAGCGCCAGUACCUGCGAGAGCUCGACCUCAUCAUCAAGGUUUUCCGCCAGCACUUCCUGUCCAACCCCAAGAUCUUCACGCCGCAGGACGUGGACGUGAUCUUCAGCAACAUCCUGGACAUCCACGAGCUGACGGUGAAGCUGCUCGGCCUCAUCGAGGACGCCGUGGAGAUGACGGCGGACGGCAGCCCGCACCCGUUGGUGGGAAGCUGCUUCGAAGAUCUGGCAGAGGAGCAGGCCUUCGACCCCUACGAGACUCUGUCUCAGGAUAUCCUCAGUAAGGAUUUCCACGAGCACUUCAACAAACUGAUGGCACGCCCCACCGCCGGCCUCUACUUCCAGUCGGUUGCAGAAGGUUUCAAAGAAGCCGUGCAGUACGUCCUCCCUCAGCUCAUGAUGGUCCCGGUCUACCACUGCAUGCACUACUUCGAGCUUCUGCAGCAACUGCAGGAGCGCAGUCAGGACCAGGACGACCGAGAGUGUCUGAAGCAGGCCAUCACUGCGCUGCUGAACCUGCAGUGCAGCGUGGAGCGCAUCUACACCAAGCACCAGCCGCGCCGCAAACCCGGUGAGCCCAUGUACCGGCUGUACAGCAGGCAGGUCCGCAGCAAACAGCUGGCCAUCAAACGCAUGAACGAGAUCCAGAAGAGCAUCGACGGCUGGGAGGGGAAGGACAUCGGGCAGUGCUGCAGCGAGUUCAUCCUGGAGGGUCCUCUGCUGCGGGCCGGCGCCAAACACGAGCGACACAACUUCCUGUUCGACGGCCUCAUGAUCAGCUGCAAGGCCAACCAGAGCUCACGGCUCCCGGGGUCCGGCAGUGGCGCCGAGUACCGCCUCAAGGAAAAGUUUGUGCUGAGGAAGAUCCGCAUCGUGGACCGCGAGGAACCCACGGAGCUGCGGCUAGCCUUCGAGCUUAUCGGGAAGGACGAGAACUGCGCGGUGUUCUGCGCCCGCACGGCGGAGGAGAAGGCGGCUUGGAUGGCGGGGCUGGUGACGCUGCAGUACCGCUCCACGCUGGACCGCAUGUUGGACACGGUUCUGCAGCACGAGGAGCAGGCGCACCCUCUGAGGCUGCCGGCGCCCGAGGUGUACCGCUUCGCCGUGCAGGACUCUGAGGAGAACAUUGUGUUUGAGGACAAAGUGCAGAGCAAGACGGGCAUCCCCAUCAUCAAGGCCGGCACCGUGGUGAAGCUCAUCGAGAGGCUCACCUACCACAUGUAUGCUGAUCCUAACUUUGUGCGCACGUUUCUCACCACCUACCGAUCCUUCUGCAAACCCCAGGAGCUGCUCACGCUGCUCAUAGACCGGAUUGAGAUCCCGGAGCCCGAGCCGACGGAGGAGGACCGGCAGGCGCUGUGGAACGGAGACCAGCCCAUGGCGGCCGAGCUGCAGAGGUUCAGGAAGGAGUACGUGCAGCCGGUCCAACUCAGGGUCCUGAACGUUUUCCGUCAGUGGGUCGAACAUCAUUUCUACGACUUUGAGAACGACCCGGAGCUCAGGAGCCGAUUAGAGGAAUACAUCACCAGCAAGUUCCAGCUGCGAGGGAAGUCUAUGAGGAAGUGGGUGGAGUCGAUCAAUAAGAUCAUCAAGAGGAAGCUGCAGACGCAGUCCAACGGCGUCAGCCACAACAUCACCUUCGAGUCGCCGCCCCCCCCCAUCGAGUGGCACAUCUGCCGGGCGGGGCAGGUGGAGAGCUUCGACCUCAUGACGCUGCACCCCAUCGAGAUCGCCCGGCAACUCACGCUGCUGGAGUCCGAGCUCUACAGAGCGGUGCGUCCCUCAGAGCUGGUCGGCAGCGUUUGGACCAAAGAGGACAAAGAGAAGAACUCCCCGAACCUGCUGCGCAUGAUCCGCCACACCACCAACCUCACGCUGUGGUUCGAGAAGUGCAUCGUGGAGACCAUGAACAUGGAGGAGCGGGUGGCCGUGAUGUCCCGGGUCAUCGAGAUCCUGCAGGUUUUCCAGGAGCUCAACAACUUCAACGGCGUGCUGGAGGUGGUCAGCGCCAUCAACUCGGUCCCCGUGUACCGGCUGGACCACACCUUCGAGGCGAUAACAGAGAGGAAGAAGAAGAUCCUGGAGGAGGCAGUGGAGCUCAGUCAGGACCACUUUAAGAAAUAUUUGGCUAAACUCAAGUCGAUAAACCCACCCUGUGUGCCUUUCUUUGGUAUCUAUUUAACCAACAUCCUGAAGACGGAGGAGGGGAACCCGGACUUCCUCAAGCGCCACGGCAAAGAGCUGAUCAACUUCAGCAAGAGGAGGAAAGUGGCGGAAAUCACCGGAGAGAUCCAGCAGUACCAGAACCAGCCGUACUGCCUGAAGGUGGAGCACGAGAUCCAGCGGUUCUUCGAGAACCUGAACCCGAUGAACAACCGGAGUGAGAAGGAGUUUGCUGACUACUUGUUCAAAAUGUCUCUGGAUAUUGAGCCACGGCACUGCAGGCAGGCUCCUCGAUUUCCCAGGAAGACGAUGUACACCCUGAAGUCCCCGGGGAUCCGGCCUGUCCGAACCUCUACCUCUGGGACCCUGAAGGGCCACCCGGUUCCCCUGGAGCGGGAGCCCCCCCACAAGAUCACCUUCCGGAGCAUCGCGGAGACGGAGCCCGAGUCCCCCGCCUCGGCCUCCGUGCCCACCUCCCCCAACACCCCCACCCCCCCGCAGUCCGCCUCCUCCGACCUCUCCGUGUUCAUGGAGCACGACCUCAGCAGCUCGUACGGAGGAAGUAACUCCAUUUUUGCUCCUGUUCUUCUGCCGCCUUCAAAGUUCCAGUCGGUGUCGUGCGGCAGCCUCCACCAGCUCGGGGACGAGUUGAUGAAGCCGCCUCCUCUGCCGCCGCGGAGGAAAGACGCCACUUCUGAAGCCAAGAUGAGCUCCAGGUCCGACAGCCCACCGGCCAUCCCCCCCCGGCUGCCUCCCCCUCUGCCCCGGAUCCAGCCCAGGACCCCGCUCUACAACGGCCCCCCGAUGGACGGCCCGCUGCCCAGCCCUCCCCCGCCGCCGCCCCGCGACCCGCAGCCGGACACGCCUCCCCCUGUGCCGCUGCGCCCCCCGGAGAUCUUCAUCAACUACCCGGUGAACAUGCAGCCCUCCCCCGUUGGCCGCUACCACUGGGACUUCGGCUCCUCCCCUUCCUCCCCCAACACCCCCCCCAGCACGCCGUCGCCCCGCGUCCCCCGUCGCAGCUGCCCGCUCAGCGCCAGCCAGAACAGCCUGUACCCGCUGCCCAUCACCGCCCCCCCCGUGCCCCCCCGCCACAACUGCAACACCCAGCUGCCCAAACUCCCACCAAAGACUUACAAGAGGGAGCUGCAGCUGCCCCCGCCCCCUCCGCUGCAGGGCCUGUCGCUGGUGGAGAACACCGACGAAUGAAAACACACACACUGAUCAGGAACACACACUCACACUCUGAGAGGGACACACACGCUGAAGGAUCCUCUGUUUAUCAGUAACAACGUGUUUCCUUUGAAGUCUAGGAGAAAACUUUCUUGAUCUCAGGCUUUUAUGAAUGGAAGUAUCUGGAUCUGUGCCGGCGUGCAUCGUCGGAGUAACGGACGGGUCUCUCCGCACAGAAUCCUGCAAAACCAGCCCUUCAGAUCUUGUGUUUCCAGGUGCAUGAUGUAGUUCUGAUGCUUUUUGCACCAUUCGAUCAAAGCUGUCUCAGUGCAAAGACUGAAACGCAGCUGACUUACUCUAAUUAAUAGAAAGCAGAAGUUUAUUAAUCAUGAACACAGCUGUAAGACGGAGGGUCUGCGCACAGAAUCAUGCAGAAUCUCCACGUUAAAUCCAGAAAACGUGCACUCAUGUCAUGCUGAAAGACUUGUGCACUAGGGACAGAUGUGAGACCAGGUGUAUUGUUAGGUCUUGGAGGCUGCAUUCACAAUAUGACAGAUAUUGAAAGCCGUUUAGCCAAAAAAUCCACAUUACAGAUGAUUAAAGGGACAACAUCUGGUGUGGAUAUUUUUAAAAGCAUCAUAAAUCAACCCUUUAAUUUCGUUUCGGCAUCCAAUUUGGUGUAUUUCAUAAAAAAUAUUGAGGUAUUUGAUGUUCCUCUCCGUCUCUCAGCCCUAUUAGAGACAUGUUAGUUGACUAAGAUCGAAAGGAAAAGAAUAAUUUGAUCUUUUAUCCAUUUCUAGCUUUUCGUUUAUCAUGGAGGCUGAGAAAUCCAAUCUUUUCUCCAGAUCUUGAAGGUAACAUGGUGUGAGUCUCUGAUAAACAGCUGAUCAUUUUAAGUGUGUGAAGUCUCUCCCUUAACUCCACCCGCCUGAAUCAAACGCCCCCCUCUGCGGUGCCUCUCAGGGGAUCAGUCGCUCGCCUUCAUCAUCUUCACCCUCUGUGCCAUGAGACACCGGUGUGCCAGCUGACCCACAACCAGGAGUCUGAAACACUUCCCCCCCCCUCCUCCUCCUCACACACUAUGGUCUGUCUGCAGCUCAGAGUCCUAUAGCCAACCGAGGGAGUUGAGACCCCAGAAGUUCAUGGUAGAAAUAUAGAGUAGGGGUCUCCAUCCUGCAGAUGUUGGGCAAUUAGCAUCAGUUAGCAUGUGCGGGCUAUAAAAUGGCUUGGCAGAUUUGGACACUUUAGCAGUGGUUUUGGAGAUGAUUGAGGAUGCUGAGUCCAUUUAUGACGUGUUCAGGAUCAAAACAGGGCACUUUUAACCUUAUACUGUCCAUAUUGUACUCUUUCUGGGCCGAUUAUGAUACAUUUUGGGUCAAUUUCGAAGUUUUAAAGGACAUUUAAAUUGGACUGAUUGCUUAUCUAUCUGAAAAUAUAUUGUCCAGAGUAGAGGUAAUCAUUUUCCAUCUGGUUCUCUCUGUAUCAAAUGGUCAAAAUCAGCUCCUAGAGACUUCAAAUAUGGCCUCUUUCUGGUUAAUACUGCAAUUGUGGAUCCUGAAAAUGUCAGAAAUGGACUCAUCAUCCCAAAUAACCCCAAAACCACUCCUAAAUUGUCCAAAUCUGCCAAGCCAUUUCUGAGCUAUUUUGAGCUAUUAUGCUAAUUAAUGCUAAUUGCCCGGCAGUUUCUAUGAGCUGCGCCCCCUACUGUGUAUUUCUAACAUGAAGCUCGGGGGUCCUCAUCAUCCCCCGGGUUCACACAGCUGGCAACAAGACUAUAAAGAGGUGUGGGGGGGCACGUAGCCUCAAACGUCAUGCUUCAUCUCUCCGGGGCGUGGACGUUCCUCCUCUUCCUCCUGACGUAGCGCUUUUGUUUUCCCACGUGAAGAAGAAUGAAAAAAAACAAACAGUUGCCAAAGUCUUAUUUUAUGCAGGGGGAAAAGGGAUUUCUUUUUUUUAAACGUGACAUUAAAGGAGGCGACACUGACCCCCCCCACACCCCCCCACCGUGGAUCUGAAAUGUAAAACACUGUGACUCUGUGACACAAAACGUUGCCUUCAAGGACAUCCGGUGAACCCGAGAACACUCCAUUUGCACAUCGAGUUUGGGCGAAUCCGAUAAAAAUGACAUAAGGAGGGAGGGGGGGGAGUUCUUCACACUGUGCCCCCCCCAUCCCCAGUCUUCUUCGUUGGUAUUAAGCAGCAGCACUGGGAGCAUGCAUUAAACUCCCCCUCUCUGCGCAGACAUUUUAACCUUUGUUUUCCUUCUGCUUGUUUUGGAACAGACUGAAAUGCCCCCCCCCCCCCCAUCACGCUCAGAUGUGCCUUUUUAUUUUUGUUUUUCUACUUUACAGAAAUACGCAAAACGGUGUCUAAAAAAACAAAGAAAAAGCUAAAAAAAAGUCAUGUUUAGAACAAAGGUAUACACUAUGAACUGUACAUGUCUGUGGAUACUGUGUAGAUAACAUGUACACACUAAUCAUCUGUAUAAAGUGCUCCUCCUUUCCUCCCUUUCAUCCGCACCAGUUCAGCCUAACAGUCCUGCAGCAGGCGGAUCAAAAACACAUCAAGAUAAAAACAGGUCACUAACAGACAAUCUCCAGAGGAAAGCCAUGCCCCCCCCCCCCCGUUUAAAAAGAUAUUAAAAUAUGCCGAGCACUUACUUAGACGUGUGCUUCACUUUCUACUAAUCACCUUUUCUCCUUUUCAAAGAUUUUAUAACGCUCAUUAAAAACAAGCGGUUCGAAUGCAGGUGACACUCACACACACACACACACACACACUCACACACACUCUUGUAUUCAGCCUGCAGGAGAAGAAUUGGACUUUAUUUCCUUGUUUGUUUUCUUCUGAUGAAACACACUUUGUGCACUUUAGGCUGUACUGUUGUUGAAGAGCCGCGGUUGUUUUUAGGUCCUGUUUGUUAAAAAAAAGAAAUGCAAUGGUCCUAUGCAACUGUUCAAACUCGCUUUCUACGUGCAUCAGGGCGGAGAACACACACACAGACACACACACACACACACACACACACACACACACACACACACACACACACGAGGACGUCGCAGCAGCAUGAGUCUUGUGCUGUUUCCUCCUCCUCAUCUUCUCGCUGCGUUUUCUGCAAACUCGAGGAGGGUUUUCAAAAUAAAACCCUCCUCUCUUAUGUGCCCCCCCCCCCCCCCCCCCCGCCAGUGUUCGGGGUUAAUUUUUUUGUUUGUGUUUGUUUUUUAUUUGAACCCCCAGACUUUCCUCCGGUGGCACUGUAACAGCUUCAUCCAGCAGUCGGUUUAUUUCAUGGUAUGUGGCCUUUUAACUGCUUUGUAUUAAUGGUCUUGAUGAGAUUAAUAAAUCACCCAGUCUUAUUUUGUACUGAACUA